GCACAGGAGCCGCCGGCGAGGGGGCCAAGAGGAAGCUUUAUUGAAGCCGGAGAGAAGUUGAAAUUACAGACAUCCUGCCAAAAUGAUUUCUUCAAAGCCCAGACUUGUUGUACCCUAUGGCCUCAAGACUCUGCUUGAGGGAGUCAGCAGGGCCAUUCUCAAAACCAACCCGACAAACAUCACCCAGUUUGCAGCAGUUUAUUUUAAAGAACUCAUUGUGUUUAGAGAAGGGAAUUCAUCUUUGGAUAUAAAAGAUCUGAUUAAACAGUUUCAUCAGAUGAAAGUAGAGAAAUGGGCAGAAGGAGUGACACUGGAGAAGAAAGAAUGUGUAAAAGAACCGGGAAGAACACCUCCAGUUUCCUGCGAACCUACACGAAUGGAAAAAUCCACAGACACAGAGGAGGACAAUGUAGCUGGACCACUGUUUAGUAACAAAACCACCCAGUUUCCAUCAGUUCAUGCUGAACUCCAGCCUGAGGAGACAAGUGAAGGAGUUUGUGGUCCUUCUUCCAAACCAGCCACACCGAAGGCCACCACCCCACCAUCCUCACCACCUCCAGCACCCGUCUCUGCAGAGUAUGCCUAUGUGCCGGCUGACCCAGCUCAGUUUGCUGCCCAGAUGUUAGCACUAGCAACAAGCGAAGCAGGACAACCACCACCAUAUUCUAAUAUGUGGACACUUUAUUGUCUAACUGAUAUGAAUCAACAAAGUCGCCCAUCACCGCCACCUGCACUUGGGCCUUUUCCCCAAGCAACCCUCUAUUUACCUAAUCCCAAGGAUCCACAGUUUCUGCAGAAUCCACCGAAAGUCACUUCUCCAACCUAUGUGAUGAUGGAUGACAGCAAGAAGACCAGUGCCCCACCUUUUAUUUUAGUAGGCUCCAAUGUCCAGGAAGCACAGGAUUGGAAGCCUCUUCCUGGACACACUGUGGUGUCACAGUCAGAUGCCUUGAAGAGAUACGCUGCAGUGCAAGUGCCCAUUGCUGUUCCUGCAGAUCAGACAUUCCAGAGACCUGCCCCCAUCCCCCAGAAUGCUAGUCCUACAAGUGGACAAGAUGGCCCCAGACCGCAAAGCCCAGUCUUUCUUUCUGUUGCUUUCCCAGUAGAAGAUGUAGCUAAAAAGAGUUCAGGAUCUGGUGACAAACGUACUCCCUUUGGAAGUUACGGUAUUGCUGGCGAAAUUACUGUGACUACUGCCCAUGUCCGCAGAGCAGAAUCUUAAAAGAGUAGGUAACCCUUCCUACCUUGACAUGUGGGCCUUAGCACAACUGAGCCUUCAGCACUUAAGAGCUGGGUAUUCAAACACUUGAGAGUGAUGGGGUAUACUUAAGCAUAUAUGCUCGGCUUUCAACUACAGAGCUGCUAAUGAAUGCCCAGCCACCUUUGAGUAUAUGGUAGAUUCUUUAAAGUGAGGAUAAUCAAUGUUUAAGAAACAGGGACAGAGAUGGUAUGUCCAUGUAAGAGAUUAACAGAAGCUGAAGUGACAGCUCUGACAAUUUUAUCAAAUUUUUUUUAAUUCAAUUGUGGUUAACUGAAAUUUUUAGACAUUUUUUUUUUCAAUUGGGCGUAAUGUCGAGCCUCUUCCUUUGGUAUCGACAGUGGGCGAAUAAAACAUGGACUAGAGUGGAGGAGACAAGCAAUGUAUGUAUGUAUAGUGCUGCCAGGCAUGCGGCUAAGGAGAGCUAUGGAUGCCUAACAUCUAAGCCACUGUGAUUUGGGGUGGGGUUGGAGAGGUGGUAUUUCAAUUGUGUAGCCAUGAAUGUAUUCAUGACAACCUGAUGGUGGUCUCAGCAGGAACUGCUAGGAUAUUUUUUGAUUUAUUUCAUGAUGUAUGUCUCUUCAUCAACAGAUGCUGAAACGAUGCUGUUUGAGUCAGCAUUCAAGGUGGAGUCUGUCACCACGUGAACUGUAUCAAUAAACUUCCUGCAAGCAUAACGCUUCGCAUUGUUGCUUUAGUAACUUAGAUGUGCAAACCACCCUACAUUGUCCAGCUCAUACAUGUACAAUUUUUCCACUCAGGAUAUCUGGAAUUCAAAUAAUAAACACUGUACCUCUGUUUACAGUAUCAGCUAGGCAGCAG